AUGCAAAAAAAAAAAGAACAAUAAAAAGUGCAGGACGUACACAAACAAAAGCCCAGCUCACACAACACCAAUAUAAUGGAAGCUGUCUUCUAGGGUUGAUUCUCCACCUCCCUAUCGAAACUGCCGUCGUCGUUUUUUUUUUGGUAAAAAACUGCCGUCGUCUUUGCUCUUCUCUUUUGAACUAAUUCAUGGACCAGAGCAAGCUCAAGAGAUGCUCUGCAUCAUCAUCCUCCCAUGCUGAAGCAGCUGCUGAUGCUACAGAUUCUUUGCAAAAGGCAGAAAGAGAGUUGGAUGAUUUGGAGACAGAAGUUGAUAGUCGGAAGAGGCAGAAGCAGGAGGAGGAAGAAACCGCAGAGAAGAAGAAACGGUGUUGUUUUGGCACUAAAGAUGCAAAGGGAAACGAUGAGCGUACCAUUUUCGUCACGGGUUUUGAUAAUAGCGGUUCUAGGGAUGAGAUCAGGAGCGCACUGGCUAAACAUUUCAGUUCGUGUGGAGUGUUGACAAGGGUGUUUGUUCACAUCGAGUGUAAAACCGGUGUUUCCAGAGGAUAUGCUUUUAUUAAUCUGAAACAACGUGGUGGUGGUGAGGAGCUUGAGGCGGCGUUAACUCUCAAUGGAAGCGACUUGGGUGGUCGGAAGCUUCUCGUUACAAUGGCUAAAAGUAGAGACGAAUACUAUGGUCACUUUAACUAUACAGGCUGUGAAAUUUGUCGUGCUAUGUUUGCUGCCGGCCGUUUGAAAAUGUACAGAUGGAAUCUUCGAACUGGUGGUGGCAAAUUCAUUCGCCAUUCUCCAGAAUUUCGAGAAAAGAUGCGUCUUCAUCGCAAAGAAACAAUGGAGAAGUUGAAAACCAAAGACGGCUAAUAUUUUUUACUUGUUUCUCGUUCAGCUCCAUCAACCGCUUUUUUAAUAUAUAUAUUAUCUUUAUGUGCUAGUUAAAAUGCAACAGAUGUUAUGCUAAUCUUAGCUGUUUAUGCUAGAUUGUUAACUUUCUUUUAUAAAGCUAUGUUAUAUAGUUUUCU